AUGGCAACGGAGGAGCGGCGGUUGAUGGAUCUGGCACGGACGGUGCCGGCGAUCCUCCUGCUCGUCGGCACCUCGGGAAAGGCCGUCGCGAGCAUCAAGUGCGCCCGCGAGCUGUUCGCCGGGAAGAAGUGGGGGUUCGAUGACUCCGACGACCCCGAGUCUCCGCCCCCGAACGCCAACCGAGGCGGGAACGGCAGCGGCGGCGGCGAACCCGUGGAGACGACCACCGGAGGAGGCGAUCACGGCGGCAGCGGCGUACCCUCGAAGACCACCUGCGGCAGCCAGGCCCAGGCGAUCCUCCCAUGUGGGGUCUCCGUGGACAGCGGCGGCUACUGGGCCGACGUCCUCGCCAGCGCGCUGCCCCCCGGAGAGGGCCACCUGCCCGUCGCCUACCGUGAGAUCACGCGCCUCAUCUCGCUCCACGCCGAGGCCGGCCACGUCUUCGUCAACUGCGCCGCGCGCCUCGGCCUCCAGCCCGACGACGACGAAGACAACGGCGGCGGUGGCGGCGCGCGCACCGGCCUCCAGCCCCACCGCGCCGCGCCGUGGAAGCGGUGGAUGGACCUCCGGGAGGCGGCCGUCUGCCACGCCCACGACGCGCUUCUGGCGCUGAGCUCCGCCGCGGCGGCAGCCACGGCGGCCGAGGACUUCCUCCGGUGGCGGUCCGCCGAGUCCCCGCGCCGGGAAGGGUGGCGGUCGGCGGCGCGGCAGCUCGUGAAAGACGCCAGGCGCAGCCUCGGCGACGCCAAGGACGCGGCGAGGCUGAUGCGCGACGCCGUGCUCUGCGAGUUCUUCGUCACCUGGAUGAUUCUGACACGCGCUUAA